GGCGAUGGGGGACUUCCGAGGACACUCGCUGUUGGGCACGACUUUCCUGAUCUUCGGCCUCUGGUGGUCCAUCAAAUAUCCUCUGAAAUAUCUGCGUGGCGGAGUGGACUCGAAACGCUACCGGCGGCUGGAGAUGGGGGAGGGGAUUGUCAAGGCCUUCAUCGCUGCGACCGGGAUGAUUUGGGAAAACUUUGCUCCCAAUAUUGGGCCUCGCUUCCACCUCACCAAUCCUGUGGAUCACAGCUGGGUGGGGUUGAUGGGUUGGCUGCACUCCACGCUGUACAUCUUCUUCUUCCUCUCCGGAGUGGUGGACAUUCUGACGUAUUCUCCUCUCAAGUUACCGCGGGGGCUGGACCGCCUGACUCUAGCGCUGGCCGUGUCCCUUGAAGGUCUCCUCAUGUCUUUUCACGUCCACGGUCAGCCGCCGGUGGAGGGGCUCUUGCACACGCUGCUCCUGGUCGUCUCCUCUGCGGGAUUCCUGUGUUUCAUGGCGGAAGUCUUCCUGAGAGAUCACAUCGUCCUGGAAUUGUUCCGCUCCAGUCUGGCCGUCCUGCAGGGAUCCUGGUUCUGGCAGAUUGCAAUGGCAGUGUACCCACCAUGGGGCGUCCAAUGGGACCAGAGCGAUCACAGCAACCUCGCGUUUCUCCCCAUCUGCUUCGUCUAGCACUGCGCCGUGGCCUUCCUCCUCAUCAUCAU